AGCGAGGGCGGAAAAAACAGGCGAAACUACCAAUCGCGGCGGGCAGGGCCGGCCGGCCGCCGGUCGUCGAUCCAAUGAGCGCGGCGGGGGGCGUGGCCACCGGAGUUAACGCGGCGCGGCGGGCAGUGAGUGAGGGCAGCCGCCAUGGCUGAUGAGAUCAGCAAGGCGCAGGCCGCUCGGCCCGGCGGCGACACCAUCUUCGGGAAGAUCAUCCGCAGGGAGAUCCCCGCCAAUAUCAUCUAUGAGGACGAGCAGUGCCUUGCGUUCCAUGAUAUUUCACCCCAAGCUCCAACACAUUUCCUAGUGAUUCCUAAGAAGCCUAUUGUAAGGUUAUCUGAAGCAGAAGAUUCUGAUGAAUCUCUACUUGGGCAUUUAAUGAUUGUUGGCAAGAAGUGUGCUGCUAACCUGGGCCUGACCAAUGGAUUCCGGAUGGUUGUGAAUGAAGGGCCUGAGGGUGGGCAGUCUGUCUAUCACGUACAUCUCCAUAUUCUGGGUGGUCGUCAGUUGGGCUGGCCUCCUGGCUAAGAUUACACCACAAGAGUUAACUGCAUGCAUGCAGAUUACCACCAAAUAGAUUUACCGAUGUUGCCCAUCAAUCUAGCCACUGUUAAUGUAUAUUUUCUUUUUUCGGUGUAUGUCUUCCAAGGGUAAUAAAUGCUCUGAAUAACAUUCGCACAAUAAAGAUUUAGCAUGUGAGAAUC